AUGACACGUGAUACAUAUAGAAACGUUUUGCUCGUUGGAGGUGCCGGAGAUUUAGGAAAGCACAUUCUUUCCGGUCUUCUUGAAGAUUCUUCAUUUAAUGUCACGGUACUUUCACGGGUCAACUCCAAUUCGGUAUUUCCUUCGGAUGUCAAAGUUCUUAAGGUUGAUUAUUCAAACAAGAACUCAAUUCUCGAGUCACUUACAGGCCAAGACGUGGUUAUAUCAGCAGUAGGAGGUGAAGGUCUCUCUGAAAAUAUCGAUAUGAUUCUUGUUGAAUGUGCACUUCAAGCAGAUGUCAAAUGGUUUAUUCCAUCUCAAUUUGUUAGUGAUAUUAGUCAUCCGUUUUAUUCAUCUCUUCCUUUUACAACAUCGAAAAUUAAAACAAUGGAAUUACUGAAGGAAAAUGAAUCUAAGAUGGCAUAUACUUUUAUUACAACUGGAACUUUUCUUGAUUGGGGUUUGGAGAANUCUGAAAAUAUCGAUAUGAUUCUUGUUGAAUGUGCACUUCAAGCAGAUGUCAAAUGGUUUAUUCCAUCUCAAUUUGUUAGUGAUAUUAGUCAUCCGUUUUAUUCAUCUCUUCCUUUUACAACACCGAAAAUUGAAACAAUGGAAUUACUGAAGAAAAAUGAAUCUAAGAUGGCAUAUACUUUUAUUACAACUGGAACUUUUCUUGAUUGGGGUUUGGAUAAUGGAUUUUUAGGUUUUGAUAUUCCAAAUCGUACGGUUACUUUAUAUGAUCAUGGAGAAAACUUCUUCUCAGCAACUACUCUAUCUUCAGUUGUCAAGGCAGUCGUUGCUAUUCUUCAUCAUCCUCAACUCGCACAGAACAAGCGCAUUUACAUUGCUGAUGCUACAAUGACGCAAAAUGAAAUAUUGCAACUCUUUGAAAAAUAUACAAAUACGAAAUGGACAAUAAAACACAUGUCUACAGAUGAUUCAUUUAAACAGGGUGCAGAAAACUAUGCUAAUGGUGAUAGGAGAAAGGGUAUUCAUCAAUAUCUUAUGUCUGUUAUUUAUAAUGGAAAAGGAGCUUCUCGAUUCGACGAUAAGCUAAGCAAUAAAGCUCUUGGUCUUCCGUCAAUACAACCGGAAGAAAUCAUCAAAGAAGUAGUUCAACGAUGUUUUGAUAUUCGAAAUCGUACGGUUACUUUAUAUGAUCAUGGAGAAAACUUCUUCUCAGCAACUACUCUAUCUUCAGUUGUCAAGGCAGUCGUUGCUAUUCUUCAUCAUCCUCAACUAGCACAAAACAAACGCAUUUACAUUGCCGAUGCUACAAUGACGCAAAACGAAAUAUUGCAACUCUUUGAAAAAUAUACAAAUACGAAAUGGACAAUUAAACAUAUGUCUACAGAUGAUUCUUUUAAACAGGGUGCAGAAAAUUAUGCUAAUGGUGAUAAAAGAAAGGGUAUUCAUCAAUAUCUUAUGUCUGUUAUUUAUAAUGGAAAAGGAGCUUCUCGAUUCGACGAUAAGCUAAGCAAUGAAGUUCUUGGUCUUCCGUCGAUACAACCAGAAGAAAUUAUCAAAGAAGCAGUUCAACGAUGUAAAAGUUUACAAUGA